AGUGUUGAAUUCGGAGGAAUAUCUAAAAUGGAUUUCCAGAAUAAGAGAGAUGUUACUGUAUACGAGAACGCACCAUAUCCUCCAAUUAUUCCGGCAAUAUAUGCAGUAUAUCGCGAUUUGAUGGAAA